AAUGAAUAAAUGAAUGCAUAAAAGGAAGAGACUGUCACUGAUUUAGUGCAUGCCUGGCCAUAGAGUGACUGUCCGUUAGGAAAGUAUAUUUUAUACUUUAAGAAGAGAAAGAAGAAAGGAUCAUGAAGACUAUUGCCUCUCUGAUCUGUCUGGUUACUUACUUAACCAGUACAUGUGCCAUGAGGGAAUGGCCCAUUGCAAUAGACAUGGCUUGUAACAAGGCUCUGUCUGUUGUUGCUUGUACCUUUGAGUUUACCAACAUGGCAGCAGAGGAUUACUAUAUCCUCACCAGUGAUUCUCCUCUUGAAGGACUCUAUUCUCCAUUUGUUGCUGUCUAUCAUAAUGGUCGUCGUGUCCAAUACGAAGGACUCAUUGGGUUUCGUCUCCCUCCAAGGAAACAAGACUUUCAAUUCAUUAAAGCUGGUCAAGUUAUCUCUGCUACAGUUCAAAUAUCUGAUGCAUUCACUUUUGGCUCUGAUGGUCUUUAUAUCAUAAAAUACAACAAGCCACUCAAGUUUAUAACUAGAGAGGAAAUGGAAUAUGAAGCAUAUGUAGCUAGCAGAAUAAAACGAGUGAGAGUAUCAGAAGUAAGGGAGUCUGUCUAUAUAAACCUGAUGGACACACACCUCAUAACUCGUCCAGUAAGGAUGGAAGCAGUACUGUCAGCACAGGAACCAGACCAUAUAGUACACAUUGAUAGCUGUGGGAGUGCUCAGUAUAUUGGAGGGACUAGCCAGCAACAGAGUGACACUACUGAUGCUCACAAGCUCCUUUGUGACAAACUACAAAAAGCAUAUGAUGCUGUAGGUAACAAUGACCUGUACAAGACAUGGUUUGGGAUCUACAAUGGAGGACGUGCAGCUACAGUCAAGAGCAUAUAUAAGAAAUGUAAAGAUGGGCUGACAAAUAAUGACGUGACAUACGACUUUAAAAAUGGACUGGAAACUUGCGAGGGACGUAACUGGAUUGCCUAUACUAAGCUUGGAACAAGAACAGUUUAUUUAUGCGGACCAUAUGGAUAUGACAAAGCACCAAUAGGCUGCACUACCAGGAGUAUCAGCAAAGAGGACACACUAGUACACGAGUGGAGUCAUGCCUUUGGUUACACUGAUGAUAUAAAGUAUGGAACUAGUGAUUGUCAAAAACUAGCAAAAGACGAUCCCAGCAAAGCAAUCCACAAUGCUGAUAACUAUUCUUAUUACUACUGCCGUGUAGCAAGAUAGUAAUGGGCUGGGUAUCAGUGUCAGUAGCACUGUAGGACUUUAAAAGUACUUUAAGUUUAAAUGAACGAGCUCUAUUUAGCCUAUACUCUUUUUAUAAUAAAUAUAAUAUUAUUAAUCAUAUAUUGUCA